AUGGCUGAUGUGUCGCUGACUUCGGUGAAGAUUGCGAAGUUAAAUGGCUCGAACUAUCGAGCAUGGUCGUUCAAUAUGCGUUUAUACUUGGAAAGCCUAGAUCUGUUUGAGCAUGCAGAAGGUACGGCUGAAAGUCUUGGAAGUAGUGCUACCGAGAACGUACGUCGAAGCUUCAAUUCUAGUGCGAAGAAAGCGUGGACUCACAUCUGUUUAGCUAUUGAACCGGAGUAUCAAAUACACGUACGAGAUACAAGACCAGCGAAAGAAGCUUGGGGUGCUUUAAAAGGUCAGUUUGCUCGUGAAUCAUUGUUGCACUAA